UCUUUGCAUUGUAAACAGAAACACUGCAGUGUAAUUUCUUGUUUUAUGAGAAUUUUAAUUAAAUUUCUGUAAAUUCAAGGCAGAAUUAUGUCUAAAUCAGUUCACGUAGUCGAUGGCGAAGCUUCGGAAUCGGAUUCCGAGAUAGAAAUUGGUAAAUCGCCGUCCUUGGACCUGCAAUCAGCGGAGGCAUUUGUUGUUGCCGGAGAAGCCCCAGAGUCCGAUGAUGAGGGCAGGCUGCCGACGCCCAUAGUGCUGGCAGACCUGGACGUGCCGCUGCAUGUGCCGUUCCAGCACCAGAACAAACUGCCUGGCUCCCUGCUGCAUCAGAAGUUGUGGGAAUGCAACGUGUCCCUCCGAGCGACCCUGGAGGGUCUGGUUAAGCAUACCACCGACAUCGCUGUGGAGAAGCUCACCAGAGCUGACAAGAUGCUGCUCAAUGGACAGGAAAGUAUGCGCGCUACUAACGCUAACCUGACGCUGGCGCGGGCGCGGCUCAAGCAAAUACAUACGGAGCUAGAAAACGCGCACUGCAGCAGCGCUUUACCCACUGUUAGGAUUAAAUAAAUGUAAAUCGGAAUAAAUAAUAGUACUACCAAAGAGAAUAGAGUAUAUAGAGAGUUACUGUCAUGGUAAAUUAGGUAGCCACAGUAAAUUCAGCAGCAGAAGUUGCUAAGCGGGCGAGGCAUUCAAAAUUACCUUGACACGCUCUUAUUCGCUUAACAAUAAAGUCGCUUCAAGAUCAUUUUGAACACCUGGCCCGCUUAGCAACUUCUGCUGCUGACUGUACAUCUACUGCCAUCUUUCGACAGAAUAUUAAAACUGUUAGAACGCCAUUUGGCUUUGAUCCUUAUUCUUUCACUGAUAUGUGUUAAUUCGUUAAAUAUUGAAAUGAAUGCCAUCUACUCGAGAAGGCCAAAGGUUAUGGCGCCAUCGCUCGAAAAGAUUGCACCAUACCUUUGGCCUAUUGUAUGAGGAUUAUUCAGUAAUCCCGAUUUAGCGUUUCUCAGUUGGCGUCACUUAAACUAACCCGAUAAUAUGUACCACCUUUAUAACUGGUUUGUGAUAUGCAAUAAAUGAUUCUAUUCGAUUCA